ACUCCCUGUAUUAAGGAAAAAAAUUGACUGCCAACAUCCAAACACGUACAAGACAGAGCCCGAAGUCCACCAAGCAAAGACAGCUUUCUCGUACACACCCACCCCCAUUCCCAUAUCAGAACCUCCACGUACCAGGAUGAGCAGGAUGCAAGAUACUCUGGCUCUUGAGAGGAGAAGAGGCCGGCAAAAUUUAUUCACUCAGUCUCUAGGAGAUGCUGAUCGUAAUGUACUAAAUAUUGUUAGAGGUAAAGAGACUCGUGGAAUCUCAAGUGGAGAAUUAAAACGAGUUAGCAAUCUACCGACUAGUCAGUUGAAUAAAACGAUCAAGGCACUCAUUGCUAGUCAACUGAUUAAAGAGGUUCCGAAUGUUAGAAGUACUUAUGGGAAGCAUUAUAUGGGUGUAGAGUAUGAACCAUCAACGGAACUUACAGGAGGGUCUUGGUAUGCCAAUGGGAAGCUUGACCAAGAUUUAAUCAACUUUUUUAGAGGAACAUGCUUGCAGAUAUUACAAAAGAAGUUGAAGGUUGCUACUGCAGAAGGAGUGCAUAGUUUUUUCGCCAAGGCCAAGUUUUACAAGGGAGAUGUUAGCAGGGAGAUGAUUGCAGAGAUUUUGAGGUCAUUGGUUCUGGACAACGAGAUUUUGGAGGUGAAAAGCACUGGCUUGGCAGAGUAUCAUUCUAUUCCUGUUGGAGAAGUUUGUUAUAGAUAUGUGAUAGGUGGAGGAACUGGAGAAGCUUCAAGAACUGGCGUGAUGGUUUCAAUCCCGUGUGGUGUUUGUCCACAAAUUAGGUUAUGCACACCUGAUGGAGUAAUCUCCCCAACCAACUGUGUCUACUAUACAAAAUGGUUAGACUUCUGAUAGAUGCAUGUAUGGUUGUUUAUCCAAUUAAGUUAUUACGACUUUAACUUACCUGCAAAAUGCACUACUACUUAUAUAUGUAUCAAAGUUUUCAAUUGGAAUAUAAAUUUUAUUC